AUGCUGGCUUUUGCGGCACCCCAGGCGGCGGGGUUAUCCCUGCAGACUGUCCAAGGGGUGGAGCACCGGGUAACGCAAAACCAGGGGGCGGGGCUGGGGUACCUGUUGCCCCUGGACCGGGGCUUGUGCUUGGCGUUUGCCCUUGGGCUGGAAUGGGUGGCGGAGGAAGGUCUUGUCACUGGCAUCAUGGGCGUUGUCUUUUUCGUUGUCAAUGCAGUAUUCGCCCUCAUCCUGCUUAUUUUGGUCCUCAUCUCGUCCGUGUAUGCUAUCGUGUCUAAGAAUCCAGAUACGCGAUACCAGCCCAUGAGAGACGACCGCGGAUCCUUUAUUAAAUCCCAGACUCAGCUGACAACCGAGCUCGAUGCUCUUGGAGCGACCGCUCGUGGUGAAACGAAAUCAUUUGAGGACUCGUCCUCGCUAUCCGGCUUUUACCCUAACAGGGCAGAUUCCCCAGCACAAAGCCUACAGCGUCAACAGCCACACUCUCCGUUGGAAUCUUCUAUGCCUUUAUUCCCUGCCGACAGCUCUGCUCCAGUAGUCCAUGGCAACGCGGCGCAGGAUACGAGCAUUAAGGUUUUGGAGAAUGGAUGA